UCUGUUUCCAGGUUGCUUCCCUGUUUGCUUCUUACAUCCUGGGUUACCUUGGCGCCGCCAAAAUGCAAUCCAUCCUGGUCACUCACAUGAUCACUCUCGGCAUCUGCUUUAUCCUGAUGUUUGGCAACUCCAUGCUGCUCACAUCAUUCUACGCCUCCUCACUCGUCUCCAUCUGGGGAAUCAUUGCAUUGAGGAAUCGGUUUGCUCAAGUCUUCAAACCUGGCGUUGUCAUCUGGGUCAUGCAGGUUGUUGCUUGGGUUGGCUCCACAGUUCUGCUCAAAUUUAUGCUGUCCACAAUCCUCUGUGCCUCAGAUGAUGCUCACAUCAGUGGAUUGAUCAAGUCUAAGUUCACGAACUACAAGGACUUCCACACUCUGAUGUACACUUGUGCUGCUGAAUUCGACUUCCUUGAGUUAGAGACCCCUCUACGUUACCUCAGAACGUUGCUGCUGCCCAUCAACAUCCUGGUGGUUGUUCUCAUUGCUUGGAGGACUGUUCAGGAUAUAGUCCGGUUCCUGAGGGACGGAGGGAAGACAGACGAUGCAGAUGAAGCUGCAGGGUCUGAAAUAGUCGGAAAAGGAGAGCUGGUGUACCACAGUCUGCAGCUGGUGGCGUUUGCUGUCCUUGCCAUCCUCAUCAUGCGCCUGAAGCUCUUCCUGACGCCCCACAUGUGCAUCAUGGCCUCGCUCAUCUGCUCCAAACAGUUGUUUGGCUGGAUUGGGGAGAAGUUUAAACACCAGACUGCCGUGUUUGCGCUCAUGGCAAUCAUGGCCGUACAGGGAGUGGCCAACCUGCAGGCCCAGUGGGCCAUCAUUGGAGAGUUCAGCAACCUACCGCAGGAGGAGCUGCUGGACUGGAUCCAGGACAACACCCCUCCUGAUGCUGUGUUUGCUGGGGCCAUGCCCACCAUGGCCAGCGUGAAACUUUCCACAGGUCGGCCCAUCGUCAACCACCCCCACUAUGAAGAUGCUGGUCUGAGGGAGAGAACCAAGCUGGUUUACUCCAUGUACAGCCGCAUGUCUGGAGAAACCGUUAAGAGGAACCUGAUGAAGCUGGGAGUGGACUUCUUCGUCCUGGAGGAUUCCUGGUGCACUAGGCGAACCAGGCCCGGGUGCAGCAUGCCAGAGAUCUGGGAUGUUGAGGAUUCAGAAAAUGUUGGUAAAAUUCCCCUCUGCACCCACAUGUCCAAGAACUCACGGCCCCACUUCACCACAGUCUUUUCCAAUGACAUUUACAAAGUCCUCAAAGUUCCCAAAGCUACCAAAGAUCUCAGAUAACAUCGUGGGACAGACUGGUUUACCACCAAACCUGCUGGUUUUUCCACCACUUCUUUUUUUAAUAUGUUUUGGUCGGUCACUGCCAUUGCUGCUUUUUUACUUUUUACUUCCUCAAACCCCCCACAGUUCCACUUUUUUGUGGGGCUCUGUUUCACUGAGCAGUGGACUAAUAAUAGGCUUGACAUGCCAAAACACUUUGUCAUAGGAGACUUGGUGCACCCACAGUUGUCAGUAUUUGUGACUUAAAGAAACUCAUUUUGCCAAUCAUCCUUAUUGCUGCGUCUUUGUCAUCCAGCGACGUUCCUAUUACGCAGCAGUUUCUGCCCAAGUGAAAG